AUGGGUAAUAAAUGUUCUUUGUAUUUGGUAUAUGGAUUAUCUCAAAGUGGAAAAUCAACUCUUAUUCCUCAACUUUAUCUGAACAACAAAAUUAACACUAUUAUUCGAGAUCCACCAAAUUAUAUUGAAUUGCAAGCAUUUAAAUGGAAUAUUUGGGGAAAAUGGUGGAAACAACCAGUGACAACAAAAUUUAUCUUUGUAGCAGAUGCAAGUAACAAUACAGAUAAAUUAGACGAAACAAAAUGUUUCCUUGAACAACUAUUGAAAAAUUCAAAGUUAAAACAAGCAAAAAUUCUCAUAUUUAUAAACAAAAUUGAUAUGUCAACAUCAUUAAAGAUUUCUGAACUAAAACAAAUUCUCCAGGCGAUAUUAGUGAAUAAUGAAUAUUAUUUUCAAGAAUGUUGCGCAUUGAGU